UAGUGGGUUUGAAAAGCGAACCGUGGCUCGGCCUCAUUUCCCGCUCUGGUUCAGGCGCAGGAGGAAGUGUUUUGCUGGAGGAUGAUGACAGAGGGAUCUGAGAAUUGCUCUUACACACCAACCCAGCAGCGUCCGUGGAGAAAACUCUCAGCAGCAACUCCUUUAAAAACACCGUCAUUUCAAACCGUUGUGGUCUUUAAGCAACAACAGCCGCACACCAAAAAAAAAAAAAAAAAAAAAAGCAAAAAAAUAAAAUCCAACCAAACAAAACUCUUGACAGGAGCUUUGGCGACGACAGAGGAUGCCUCAUAAAGGGGGAAGACUUUAACUAGGGGCGUGCAGAUGUGUGAGGCCUUUUAUUGCAAGCGUGGACAGACAUCCUUGAUAUCAGAGCCCCAAAUUCGAGCCCCGUGGGAUCCCGCGGCCCGCAGCCAGUGCCAGCAUGCAGAACAGUCACAGCGGAGUGAAUCAGCUCGGUGGUGUCUUUGUCAACGGGCGGCCGCUGCCGGACUCCACCCGGCAGAAGAUCGUAGAGCUAGCUCACAGCGGGGCCCGGCCGUGCGACAUCUCCCGAAUUCUGCAGACCCAUGCAGAUGCAAAAGUCCAAGUGCUGGACAAUCAAAACGUGUCCAACGGAUGUGUGAGUAAAAUUCUGGGCAGGUAUUACGAGACUGGCUCCAUCAGACCCAGGGCAAUCGGUGGUAGUAAACCAAGAGUAGCGACUCCAGAAGUUGUAAGCAAAAUAGCCCAGUAUAAGCGGGAGUGCCCGUCCAUCUUUGCUUGGGAAAUCCGAGACAGAUUACUGUCCGAGGGGGUCUGUACCAACGAUAACAUACCAAGUGUGUCAUCAAUAAACAGAGUUCUUCGCAACCUGGCUAGCGAAAAGCAACAGAUGGGCGCAGAUGGCAUGUAUGAUAAACUUAGGAUGUUGAACGGGCAGACCGGAAGCUGGGGCACCCGCCCUGGUUGGUAUCCCGGGACUUCGGUGCCAGGGCAACCCACACAAGAUGGCUGCCAGCCACAGGAAGGAGGGGGAGAGAAUACCAACUCCAUUAGCUCCAAUGGCGAAGACUCAGAUGAGGCUCAAAUGCGACUUCAGCUGAAGCGGAAGCUGCAAAGAAAUAGAACAUCCUUUACCCAAGAGCAGAUUGAGGCCCUGGAGAAAGAGUUUGAGAGAACCCAUUAUCCAGAUGUGUUUGCUCGGGAAAGACUAGCAGCCAAAAUCGAUCUACCUGAAGCAAGAAUACAGGUAUGGUUUUCCAAUCGAAGGGCCAAAUGGAGAAGAGAAGAAAAACUGAGGAAUCAGAGAAGGCAGGCCAGCAACACACCUAGUCACAUCCCUAUCAGCAGUAGUUUCAGCACCAGUGUCUACCAACCAAUCCCGCAGCCCACCACGCCUGUUUCCUCCUUCACAUCUGGCUCCAUGUUGGGCCGAACAGACACAGCCCUCACAAACACGUACAGCGCUCUGCCGCCCAUGCCCAGCUUCACCAUGGCAAAUAACCUGCCUAUGCAACCCCCAGUCCCCAGCCAGACCUCCUCGUACUCCUGCAUGCUGCCCACCAGCCCGUCAGUGAAUGGGCGGAGUUACGAUACCUACACUCCCCCACAUAUGCAGACACACAUGAACAGUCAGCCAAUGGGCACCUCGGGCACCACUUCAACAGGACUCAUUUCUCCUGGUGUGUCAGUUCCAGUUCAAGUUCCCGGAAGUGAACCUGAUAUGUCUCAAUAUUGGCCAAGAUUACAGUAAAAAAAAAAAAAAAAGAAAUAUUGUGAUAAUGCAGUCAAUGACUAUGUGGACACAACAGUUGGGAGUUCAGGAAAGGAAAAUGGCUGUUAGAAGCACUUGGGUUCUGCAUCCGGGUCCUGUGUCAUACCCCUGGGGAAAUGGACUUGAAACAAGGACCUUUGCAUACACA